UAUUGCGGUGACAUGCACAAAGACAUGUUAAUUCCAGGAAGAUUUUGGAGGUGGAUCAUUUGACAAGGAAACAAAAUCUCAGACCCUGAGAAACGAGUUCGGCAUCUCUUCAUGAUUGUUUCCAGAAAUAUAAGGUGUCUGGAUGAGCCAUAUCAUUGCCCUUUGUUCUGAAGGAAUAUGCUGAAGUGACUUUGACUAACAUACAUCAAUGAGAAACAUGGCCACUCAAGGAAAAAUAUUAAAGUACUUUGCAGGAAUCAUAAUGACGCUCCUGUUGACCCAUGAAUGUGUUGUGGAAACACUUGAUUUCCCAGAAACAAGUAUAGAUUUAGAGUUUAGCUACAUUGAUGGGCAACUGCAUCAUAGAUUACCAAGAAGCGCAGAGCUAUUGGAGUUCAUUGUGGUUAUUGAAGUGAAUGCAUCCCAAGCUGUGGUGAUUGAACAGAUCAGAGCGUCAUUGGCCUCCAUCACAUUCCCUCUUCAAUUGGACAACAGUACUGAAAUUACUGCUGCGAACAUCACAACAGUGUGCCAGCCAAAUGUGACCGAAUACCAGUGCGUAUGUGAAGAUGGUUAUGCAUGGACAUACAACAACUGCAAGUCAUAUGAGGCCUGUGAUGACAUCAGUCUGGGCUCAUGUGGAUGUAUCAGUGGUAUUCCGAGUGAUGGAGAGAUGUGUGUGCUGGAGAGCGAACUGCCCUUCACAGACUUAUUGUUUGAAAUCGAGAUGGAAUCAUCAAGCAUCUCCGUGAUCGAUGAGAUGAGGAGAUAUUUUCAGAACAUGACCUUUCCACUUCGGUUAGAUGAGCUGGUUGAAGUAUUAGAUGUGGACAUCACAACAGUGUGCAAUUUCAAUGACAGUGGAUACAAGUGCGUAUGUGAGGAUCAGUAUUUCUGGCCGUGUGAAAAGUGCACAGAAUAUGGGAGCUGUGAUGACAUCACUAACAACACAUGCAGCUGCAUCAAUGAUAUUCCAACUGAUAGACAGUUCUGUCAACCUGUCAACGAGAUAACAAAUAACACUACAUGUGGGAAACCACCAACAGUUCCAGCUGAAUAUCUAACUGAAAUUCAGAUAGAUGCCGAGAAUACUUUCAUCAUUGAUCAGCUGAUGAGCUAUUUGAUGGCUUUCAGUUUUCCAUACAAAGUCAGUGACAGCACUAACAUCACAGAAAUCAACAUAACUACUGUGUGUUCAUUGAACCAAACUCAGUAUCAGUGUAAAUGUGAGGGUCUGUUUGUUUGGCCAAAUGACACGUGUCACUCAUACGAGACCUGUGAUGACAUCAUUGAUGGUUCAUGUACAUGUAUCAAUGCACUUCCAGUUAAUGGACAGUUCUGCCAGUUAAAAGAAGCACCACCUUCUAACUAUGAGAUUGACAUUGAUGUGAGAUUCUUUGACUUGUUCCUGGUGAACUACUUAAGAAGUCUAAUCAUGAACAUCAGCCUGCCUUUGACUCUGAGCAACAGCAUAAAUAUCACAGAUAUCGACAUGACUACUGUGUGUGGGUUAAAUGGAACACAAUAUGAGUGCAAGUGUGAGGAGCGUCAUGUUUGGCCCAAUGACACCUGCAGGGCCUAUCAUGAGUGUGAUGAGAUUGUGGGGGGCACUUGUGGAUGUAUUCAAGCUCUCCCUUCAGAGGGUCCGCUUUGCCAGAGAGACAUCAAUGAAUGUGAAGAUGCAGUGUCAGUUUGUGGUCAAUACUCAGACUGUAUUAACAUCAUCGGGAGUCACAAGUGUUUAUGCUGGAGUGGAUUUAAUUCCUCAAAUAAAGACAGUCCUGUGAGCCGCAACAACUCAUGUCAGGAUAUAGACGAAUGUCUGGUCAGUCCAUCUGUAUGUGGUCCAGAUUCCAGCUGCACAAAUGAAAUAGGAAGUUACAGUUGCUCAUGUUUGAAUGGAUUCACUGUAACAAACUCAAAUCUCACCAUCAGCAUCAAUAACCCGUGUAGAGAUGUCAAUGAAUGUCUAAAUACAUUAGAGGUCUGUGGUCCAAACUCUCGUUGCAACAACUCAUUUGGGAUUUACAACUGUUCCUGCUUGAUUGGGUUUACUGUAACAAAUAUGAAUCAACCAAUUAGCACCAGUAACCCAUGCAAUGUGACUCUACCUUUGACUGAAUAUCUGAUUGAAAUUCAGAUCAAUAGUGUGGAUAGUAGCGUCACUGAUCAGCUGAGGACUCUUCUGAUGUCUUUUAAUUUGCCCUACAUAAUCAGUGACAGCACUAACAUUACAGAAAUCAGCAUAACUACUGUGUGUUCAUUGAACCAAACGCAGUUUCAGUGUAAAUGUGAGGGUCUGUUUGUUUGGCCAAAUGACACGUGUCACUCAUACGAGGCCUGUGAUGACAUCACUAAUGGUUCAUGUACAUGUAUCAAUGCCCUUCCAGUGGAUGGACAGUUCUGUCAAGUGCUGCCUUCUAAGUACAUGAUUGACAUUGAUGUGAGAUUCUUUGACUUGUUCCUGGUGAACUACUUAAGAAGUCUAAUCAUGAACAUCAGCCUGCCUUUGACUCUGAGCAACAGCAUAAAUAUCACAGAUAUCGACAUGACUACUGUGUGUGGGUUAAAUGGAACACAAUAUGAGUGCAAGUGUGAGGAGCGUCAUGUUUGGCCCAAUGACACCUGCAGGGCCUAUCAUGAGUGUGAUGAGAUUGUGGGGGGCACUUGUGGAUGUAUUCAAGCUCUCCCUUCAGAGGGUCCGCUUUGCCAGAGAGACAUCAAUGAAUGUGAAGAUGCAGUGUCAGUUUGUGGUCAAUACUCAGACUGUAUUAACAUCAUCGGGAGUCACAAGUGUUCAUGCUGGAGUGGAUUUAAUUCCUCCAAUAAAGACAGUCCUGUGAGCCGCAACAACUCAUGUCAGGAUAUAGACGAAUGUCUGGUCAGUCCAUCUGUAUGUGGUCCAGAUUCCAGCUGCACAAAUGAAAUAGGAAGUUACAAUUGCUCAUGUUUGAAUGGAUUCACUGUAACAAACUCAAAUCUCACCAUCAGCAUCAAUAACCCGUGUAGAGAUGUCAAUGAAUGUCUAAAUACAUUAGAGGUCUGUGGUCCAAACUCUCGUUGCAACAACUCAUUUGGGAUUUACAACUGUUCCUGCUUGAUUGGGUUUACUGUAACAAAUAUGAAUCAACCAAUCAGCACCAGUAACCCAUGCAAUGUGACUCUACCUUUGACUGAAUAUCUGAUUGAAAUUCAGAUCAAUAGUGUGGAUAGUAGCGUCACUGAUCAGCUGAGGACUCUUCUGAUGUCUUUUAAUUUGCCCUACAUAAUCAGUGACAGCACUAACAUUACAGAAAUCAGCAUAACUACUGUGUGUUCAUUGAACCAAACGCAGUAUCAGUGUAAAUGUGAGGGUCUGUUUGUUUGGCCAAAUGACACGUGCCACUCAUACGAGGCCUGUGAUGACAUCACUAAUGGUUCAUGUACAUGUAUCAAUGCCCUUCCAGUGGAUGGACAGUUCUGUCAAGUGCUGCCUUCUAAGUACAUGAUUGAUAUUGAUGUGAGAUUCUUUGACUUGUUCCUGGUGAACUACUUAAGAAGUCUAAUCAUGAACAUCAGCCUGCCUUUGACUCUGAGCAACAGCAUAAAUAUCACAGAUAUCGACAUGACUACUGUGUGUGGGUUAAAUGGAACACAAUAUGAGUGCAAGUGUGAGGAGCGUCAUGUUUGGCCCAAUGACACCUGCAGGGCCUAUCAUGAGUGUGAUGAGAUUGUGGGGGGCACUUGUGGAUGUAUUCAAGCUCUCCCUUCAGAGGGUCCGCUUUGCCAGAGAGACAUCAAUGAAUGUGAAGAUGCAGUGUCAGUUUGUGGUCAAUACUCAGACUGUAUUAACAUCAUCGGGAGUCACAAGUGUUUAUGCUGGAGUGGAUUUAAUUCCUCCAAUAAAGACAGUCCUGUGAGCCGCAACAACUCAUGUCAGGAUAUAGACGAAUGUCUGGUCAGUCCAUCUGUAUGUGGUCCAGAUUCCAGCUGCACAAAUGAAAUAGGAAGUUACAAUUGCUCAUGUUUGAAUGGAUUCACUGUAACAAACUCAAAUCUCACCAUCAGCAUCAAUAACCCGUGUAGAGAUGUCAAUGAAUGUCUAAAUACAUUAGAGGUCUGUGGUCCAAACUCUCGUUGCAACAACUCAUUUGGGAGUUACAACUGUUCCUGCUUGAUUGGGUUUACUGUAACAAAUAUGAAUCAACCAAUCAGCACCAGUAACCCAUGCAAUGUGACUCUACCUUUGACUGAAUAUCUGAUUGAAAUUCAGAUCAAUAGUGUGGAUAGUAGCGUCACUGAUCAGCUGAGGACUCUUCUGAUGUCUUUUAAUUUGCCCUACAUAAUCAGUGACAGCACUAACAUUACAGAAAUCAGCAUAACUACUGUGUGUUCAUUGAACCAAACGCAGUAUCAGUGUAAAUGUGAGGGUCUGUUUGUUUGGCCAAAUGACACGUGUCACUCAUACGAGGCCUGUGAUGACAUCACUAAUGGUUCAUGUACAUGUAUCAAUGCCCUUCCAGUGGAUGGACAGUUCUGUCAAGUGCUGCCUUCUAAGUACAUGAUUGACAUUGAUGUGAGAUUCUUUGACUUGUUCCUGGUGAACUACUUAAGAAGUCUAAUCAUGAACAUCAGCCUGCCUUUGACUCUGAGCAACAGCAUAAAUAUCACAGAUAUCGACAUGACUACUGUGUGUGGGUUAAAUGGAACACAAUAUGAGUGCAAGUGUGAGGAGCGUCAUGUUUGGCCCAAUGACACCUGCAGGGCCUAUCAUGAGUGUGAUGAGAUUGUGGGGGGCACUUGUGGAUGUAUUCAAGCUCUCCCUUCAGAGGGUCCGCUUUGCCAGAGAGACAUCAAUGAAUGUGAAGAUGCAGUGUCAGUUUGUGGUCAAUACUCAGACUGUAUUAACAUCAUCGGGAGUCACAAGUGUUUAUGCUGGAGUGGAUUUAAUUCCUCCAAUAAAGACAGUCCUGUGAGCCGCAACAACUCAUGUCAGGAUAUAGACGAAUGUCUGGUCAGUCCAUCUGUAUGUGGUCCAGAUUCCAGCUGCACAAAUGAAAUAGGAAGUUACAAUUGCUCAUGUUUGAAUGGAUUCACUGUAACAAACUCAAAUCUCACCAUCAGCAUCAAUAACCCGUGUAGAGAUGUCAAUGAAUGUCUAAAUACAUUAGAGGUCUGUGGUCCAAACUCUCGUUGCAACAACUCAUUUGGGAGUUACAACUGUUCCUGCUUGAUUGGGUUUACUGUAACAAAUAUGAAUCAACCAAUCAGCACCAGUAACCCAUGCAAUGUGACUCUACCUUUGACUGAAUAUCUGAUUGAAAUUCAGAUCAAUAGUGUGGAUAGUAGCGUCACUGAUCAGCUGAGGACUCUUCUGAUGUCUUUUAAUUUGCCCUACAUAAUCAGUGACAGCACUAACAUUACAGAAAUCAGCAUAACUACUGUGUGUUCAUUGAACCAAACGCAGUAUCAGUGUAAAUGUGAGGGUCUGUUUGUUUGGCCAAAUGACACGUGUCACUCAUACGAGGCCUGUGAUGACAUCACUAAUGGUUCAUGUACAUGUAUCAAUGCCCUUCCAGUGGAUGGACAGUUCUGUCAAGUGCUGCCUUCUAAGUACAUGAUUGACAUUGAUGUGAGAUUCUUUGACGUGUUCCUGGUGAACUACUUAAGAAGUCUAAUCAUGAACAUCAGCCUGCCUUUGACUCUGAGCAACAGCAUAAAUAUCACAGAUAUCGACAUGACUACUGUGUGUGGGUUAAAUGGAACACAAUAUGAGUGCAAGUGUGAGGAGCGUCAUGUUUGGCCCAAUGACACCUGCAGGGCCUAUCAUGAGUGUGAUGAGAUUGUGGGGGGCACUUGUGGAUGUAUUCAAGCUCUCCCUUCAGAGGGUCCGCUUUGCCAGAGAGACAUCAAUGAAUGUGAAGAUGCAGUGUCAGUUUGUGGUCAAUACUCAGACUGUAUUAACAUCAUCGGGAGUCACAAGUGUUUAUGCUGGAGUGGAUUUAAUUCCUCAAAUAAAGACAGUCCUGUGAGCCGCAACAACUCAUGUCAGGCCGCUUCCCCUGGGAACAGUCCAUCACGACGAGCCUGCCCGGCCGCGUGUGGUGCUCUCAUCGCCGCUAAGGACCCUCUCGUUCUGCGCGGUCCGCUUGGGCUUAGCACGCUCAAGAAGCUUUGGAGAACCCGGAGAAUUGCGGUCAUUGUAAUUGCUGCCCAUGUAGCUUUUUACAAAGCCGGCUUUAGUUGCACUAUCCAGCGCACCGUGCUUGGCAUUUCUUACUCGGAUGGGGGACACGGUGAUGAUGACGCGCUACCGGGGGACUCCCGGAGCGCCACAGAUAAAAUAUUUGAGCGGUAUUCAGCCCAAUCCGCAUUCCCUGAAGAGGACAUCUUCGCGGGAAAACCUCACUCUCGUUGA